AUGCAAGACACAGCACUAGACAGCAAGCCCUCAGUUUCAGAGAAGGAUCUCGGUGGUAUCGUGGUGGCCCCACCGGCCCCCCUUGCCCCACUUGAUCCCGAAUCUGCCCGGUUGGCUGAACUCUCCGCCAAGCUUGACAAUCCGCUGGCUGGGUUCACUAUUGAGGAACUUUCUCAACAAGCAGAAGAGUUUUGUAAAUCCGGCGGCUUGGAUGAACACGUUGAGGUGUUCAAGAGGGGUGCUAUCUUAGCAGGAGACCAACAAAAUCUCGACCGGGUGCCCGGCCUUACUGAGGAUGAAAGACGCUUUAUUGAAUACGAAACGAGCCAUCGAUGGAAACAACCGUUUCUCAUGUACUACAUCGCCGUCUUGUCUUCGAUGGCUGCCAUCGUCCAAGGAAUGGACGAAGCCGUCGUCAAUGGGGCGCAAAUCUUUUACUACGACCGGUUUGGGAUUCAGUCCGAUGGAACCAACAGGACCGCGUUAAUCCAAGGCCUUGUGAACAGUGCACCUUACCUCUGUUGUGCCUUGUUUGCUUGCUGGAUCACCGAUCCAGCUAACCGUUGGUUGGGCAGACGAGGGGUGAUCUUUUGGUCGUGUUUCAUCGCCGGGGUCGCGUCGAUUUGGGAAGCGUUCACUUACUCUUGGCCUCAGCUAUUCGUCGCUCGAUUGGCGUUAGGGCUUGGAAUCGGUCCGAAGUCUGCCACUGCUCCUAUUUAUACAGCUGAAUGUGCGCCGGCACCAAUCCGAGGUGCUCUAGUCAUGCAAUGGCAAAUGUGGACAGCCUUUGGAAUCGCUCUCGGCGACGUUGUCAGCGUGAUCUUUGUCGAUGUCGAACCUGACUUGGCAUGGAGAUUGAUGCUUGGCUCCACUGUUGUUGCUCCAAUCUUUGUGUGUGUGAUGAUCUACUUCGCCCCAGAAUCGCCUAGGUGGUACAUGUCCAAGGGCCGGACAGCCGACGCAUUCGCAGCCUUGAGGAAGUUGCGCUUCUGCGACUUACAAGCUAGCCGAGACUUGUUCUACAUUGCCAAACUUCUUGAAAUUGAGCACAAGACUCUCGAAGGUCGAAACUUGCUUACUGAUAUGUGGAAGGUGCCUCGGGUUAGACGGGCUGCCCAAGCUUCUGGAUUGGUCAUGUUUAUGCAGCAAUUCUGCGGUGUCAAUGUCAUCGCCUAUUACAGCUCACAAGUAUUUAUCGAAGCUGGUUUCGGAAGGAAGGACGCAUUGUUGACAACCAUGGGAACUGGUAUUGUCAAUUGGGUCUUUGCAAUCCCCGCAUUCUACACGAUUGAUACUUUCGGAAGACGAAACCUUCUUUUGGCAACCUUCCCAGCUAUGGCAAUUUGUCUAUUGAUUACCGGAUUGGCCUUUUACAUUCCUUUCGACGGACCAGGUGACCACCGCAGAGUAGGCGUCGUCGCAGCUGCGAUUUACAUUUACAUGGCGUUUUACAGUCCCGGUGAAGGGCCCGUACCAUUCACUUACAGUGCCGAAGCCUUCCCCCUUUACAUUCGGGAUUUCGGAAUGUCUUAUGCAACGGCUGUGUGCUGGUUUUUCAAUUUCAUACUUGCUAUAACCUUCCCGUUGAUGUUAACAGCGUUCAAACCUCAGGGUGCUUUCGGCUGGUAUGCCGGAUGGUGUAUCAUCGGCUGGGUUGCUGUUUACUUCAUCCUUCCGGAGACUAAGGCGCUCACGCUUGAAGAGCUCGACUAUGUUUUCUCUGUCCCGACCAGAAAGCACGCUUCAUACCAAUGGAAGAAUUUCUUCUACUGCUUCAACAAAUAUGUUUUACGAAAGCGUGUUCAGCCCCUUCCUCCUCUAUACCAACUCAAUUUGAGUGUUAAAGCCUAA